UCUUGGGGCUCUGGAGAGACUUUGGAUGGGAAGGAGAACUUUUGCACGGGCAGGAUCAGUGUUGUUGGAGUGUUAAAGACAUUAAGGCUCAAAUUCCUUGCUUUUCCACCUUUCAACAAUCAAAAUAACGGAUUAGUGCCUGUUUCUCAUCUACAGAGCAUUUGCCUCAAGGAGAGAUGAGCUUUUUAUUUGGAAGCCGCUCGUCAAAGACGUUCAAACCGAAGAAGAACAUUCCAGAGGGCUCACACCAGUACGAGCUACUGAAGCAUGCUGAGGCCACGCUGGGCAGCGGGAACCUGCGCAUGGCCGUCAUGCUUCCCGAUGGAGAGGACCUCAAUGAAUGGGUGGCAGUCAACACUGUGGACUUCUUUAACCAGAUCAACAUGUUGUAUGGGACCAUCACAGACUUCUGCACUGAGGAAAGCUGCCCACUAAUGUCUGCUGGACCCAAGUAUGAAUAUCACUGGGCUGAUGGGACCAACAUAAAAAAACCAAUAAAAUGUUCCGCUCCAAAGUACAUUGAUUACCUGAUGACUUGGGUCCAGGAUCAGCUUGAUGAUGAGACACUUUUCCCAUCAAAAAUAGGGGUCCCUUUCCCGAAGAACUUCAUGUCGGUGGCCAAGACCAUUUUGAAGAGACUCUUCCGUGUUUACGCUCACAUCUACCACCAGCACUUUGACUCUGUUAUCCAGCUGCAGGAGGAGGCGCACCUCAACACCUCUUUCAAGCACUUUAUCUUCUUCGUUCAGGAGUUUAAUUUGAUUGAUCGGAAAGAGCUAGCACCCCUUCAGGAGCUGAUCGAGAAGCUCACGUCCAAGGACAGAUAAAUCUGCUCUUCCUAUCUGCAUCUUCUCUAAUUUCUUUGUACAGGCAGCCUGGCUUUGUUCUCUCUGUGUUUGACAGGUGUGUGGGAAUUUUUUUCCUUUGAGAAAAGGCUGACUCCAAAAAACAAACCCUUGAUAAGCCACAGCUCAACUAUAGGUCAAGGUUAUAGUGGAAUUAUACUGCAGUCCUUUUGACGUCGUCUCAAACACGAUCUAAGUGCCUGAUACGUCCACUUUCAAAAUUGCUAGCGUUUGUAUAAAAAGCACUACCACUGCUAUAAAACUUGCUUUUGACUUUUUUUUUUUUUUUUUUUUAUAGAAGUACACUGAUAGUAAUUAGUGGUUUGUUAGCUUUUUUCUCUUAAUGGAUUUAUUUAGAAGUUCAUAGGUUUAAAAAUACUGAAUGAAGCAUUCAUUGAUUUUUCAUGGAGAUAAAGAUAAAUAUUUAAGUCUUGGCUUCUCUUAAGUACUCAUUUUAACUGCUCCCUGUGUCUCAUGACAUAUUUGGGAUUUCCGUUAUUAGUUUCCGUAGUAGUUGACUUGAGAUUUUAUCCAGCCCUCAAUGAAUCUUUCCUUAUUGUAACACAUUUCACUCAUUACCGAAGAACACUGGGCCCACAGUUUGCCUGCCAAUGCUUUUAUACCACUACAUUACUUUUGAAUACAUGAGCCAGUUUCUACAGAUUCAGUCCCAGAGGUCAGGGGUUUGUCUGUUGGAAGCUGGGAUGAAUGAGCUGACUAUGCAAGAUCAGUAUGAACUAUUUAAUCUUAAUUUUCUUCAUACCCUAUGAAAUACACCUUUUACAUUCUUUUGCCGAUUCUGUUCACGGAUGUGGACACCAUGGACACCUUUAAAAAAAUGUAUCUUUUUAAUGUGAAAGACACAUUCUUCUGUCUUAAUUUAGCUCCUCCCAAGUCUGUAUUAGUGUUUCAAAAAUCCAGAUAAAAAGAUAAAUUAUGAGGUGGUUAAUGCAAAAGUUGAAUAAAAUCUAUGGAAGAUUGAUUCAAACUUGAUGCUAGUUUAAUAAGUUCUUUUUCAGCACACAAUUAUAUUGCUGACAAAAUAGUUGGUGGUCCUUACUAUAAUUUAAGCAGUGCAUAUGUUUGGUCUUUAUGAAGUUUCAACUCAUGAAUGUUUAUUUUUCUGAAUGUUACAGAAAAUGUGUUACUCUGAAUAACACACAGCUAAAAUGUUUUUCAGAGAUUUUCACAUCACUUCAUUUCAGAACAGUUAUGAGAUUGAUUAUAGACAAAUGUGAUAAACAUUUUUGAUGGCAAGUUGUAAAUACUGUAAACAGAAAAGGUAUGCAAUUGGAAUAACAUGAGAUGUGUUACUUGCUGAACUUUUGUGGUACAAUGCUGAAUACUGUUUAUAGGAUAAUAAACCUGUUUGAACAAA